AUGGAGACCUUCAGAAGCAAUGUGUUGACGCUAGCACAGGAAAAAUUUGCAUCUCACGUCGUCGAGAAAUCACUCACACAUGCUUCGCCGAGAGUGCUGCACUAUUUGAUGGACGAGAUUUUUGAUGGAUACAUCACUGAUGAGAAGGGACGCGAUGCGCUUGAUAUCAUGAUGUUCGAUUUGUACGGUAACUACGUGGUACAGACAAUGAUUGAUGUAGCAAUUGAAGUGUAUGAGGGUAGACGUCAAGGUGAUCCUAAGUGGGCUACACUUUUAGCUGAGCGAGCUAUUCGACACGAAUUUCGCCUUGAACAUUAUUCCUCGGGCAAGAAAAUCAUUGCGAAAUUACGACAGGUAAUUUCAACCGUUGCAAUAUAA